CAGGUGCUGCGCGACGCCUGGCGCCGCCGGGCGCUGCGCCCGCCGCGAGGCUUCCGCAUCAGGGCUGUAGGUGAUGUCUUUCCCGUGCAAAUGAAUCCAAUAGCUCAAUCUCAGUUUGCACCCUUGGCUGAAGUUCUUUGCUGUGCUAUAUCUGAUAUGAACACAGCUCAGAUUGUAGUAACACAAGAAUCACUUCUGGAGCAUUUGGAGAAACAUUACCCAGGCAUUGCACUUCCAUCUCAAGAUAUUCUCUAUACUACUCUCGGAACUCUGAUUAAAGAAAGGAAGAUUUAUCACACUGGAGAAGGAUACUUCGUAGUUACACCUCAGACUUACUUCAUCACAAAUACAACUGCUCAGGAAAAGAAGAGGGACCUUCUGUCAGAUGGAAGUCCCCUGGGGGGCACUUCCGUGACCUAUCUGGUGAGCAUGGAGAGCUGUGCAGAGCUGGCCAAAGAAAACGCAGUCCCUGUUUCCCAUUGUCAGUCUUGCCGCUGUUUCCCUAGCCUGUGCCCUCAAGAUGUGGAGGAGCCACCACCUGCUGCAGAAAUGACUACAAAAAGCCAAAAAGGGCUUGGGGAAUCCACACCUUUGGUUCAGAAUCGGGCAGUUUCAACAUCUGAGGAAAAUCACAUCUGUGACAGUCCCAAAACUUCACCAUACACAAAAGACAAAGAAAAAGGCAAAAAGUUUGGUUUUAGCCUCCUGUGGCGUAGCAUUUCUAGAAAGGAGAAGCCCAAAACAGAGCAUAGCAGUUUCUCUGCCCAGUUUCCACCUGAGGAAUGGCCUGUCCGAGAUGAAGAUAACUUGGACAAUAUCCCCCGAGACGUUGAGCAUGAGAUCAUCAGAAGAAUUAACCCUGUUCUGACUGUUGACAAUCUAAUCAAACAUACUGUCCUUAUGCAAAAACAUGAAGAACAGAGGAAAUAUAAUAGUCAGGGCACCUCUACUGAUACUCUGACAGUCAGGCCGAAGAAUCCUUCCAAAGAGGGAGUUAAGAAAAGGAAGGAUAGGUCAGCCAAGCCUUGCAGGCGGGGCCUUUCUCACAGGGAAGGACCCAAACCCCAGAGUCAGAGGAGUGAGCUUCAGCCAGAAAGCCUUACGCUGGAGAAGGCCUCCAAGCUCCCUGCUACCCAGCCCACUCCUGAAGUUAAAAGCAGCAAUGAAGCAGAAACGCAAACAGGGCUUCAUGAGAAGCCGAGAUUGCUAGGCUCUCAACUGAUUUACAAGAAGCGAAUCAGUAAUCCUUUCCAGGGCUUGUCUCUCCGAGGGAGCCCAGUAACCAAAGGGCACAGCAUUCAGAAGAGAAGCCAUGUGACACCCAGUCAGAUUGCACCAAAGAAGAAGCCUCUCCAAAGGUCAAGGUCUUCAGAGCCCCCAAGACUUUUCGGUAGCGAAGCCCAACAGCCAUGUGCUGAGCAGUGUCAUGACAAGCUGAAAGCAGAAUCCAUUUAUAUGACCAACUCUACUGUCCAGCCUGUCAGUGAUGGCCUCUUAAAUUACCCUCCAGGUCAUGCUUUGCAAAGUGACAGCCAAUGCUUUUCCUUUAGGGAAAGCACGUUGAGAUGUGAUGCGUAUGAUGCAGAAAACAAGGUAAUCCCUGAAGUCAGGAAGAAAAGUCCUUCUCACUUUAAGAAAUUAGGGGAGGCCAAAGAAGCACAGCAUAUACUGCCAUCUCAUGGUUCCUCCCCCUUAGAUCCAUCCUCUGCUUGUAGAUUAGUCUAUAAAACAAUACACCAGUUCGAAAACCUUGGUCUUUUAGAUCACCCAGUUGGUGUGGACCAUUUGAGACAACCUGGGAGGGAAGACAGAAAUUCAGAAGAAUUGAUGAGAAAGACAUUUGUCCAGGAGACAGAGACUGCAAGUCUGGAAAAUGAAGGGCUUUUGGCUGAUGAGCGGGUUUUGUACCCGAAGCAAGAAGAUGACGAUGGGGCCUGCAGUUCACUGUAUUUAGAGGAGGACAACUUUUCUGAGAAUGAUGACUUACAUCAAGUGUGGUCUGGCCACAUCCAGUAUUCCUUUACUGGUAGAAGCAUCUGUAAUCAUUUAGGAAAACCAAAAGUGACGGAAGGAUUUCAGACUGAGUGUAGUAGCAAAAUGGACUGCUUUGUGCCACCAGUGCUUAAAAAAAAUCAACAUUACAGGCCAACCAGGUUGAUUACAAACUCAGGUGAAAGCCAAAUACCUAACCUCUCUGCUGAAAGCUGUGGCCUAAAUGCAGGGGCCCAGUUUUGUUUUAACUAUGAAGAACCCAGUGUUGCUACAUGUGUCCAGGCCUUAGCACCUGUUGAUGGAAGUUUAUUUGAUUAUUGUAGUGCAAGGAAAUCCAAUUCUGAGGCUGAAGUCUCUGAGCCUUCUGUUGGUGACACAGGAAAGAAAUCAAAUAGCUGGAAUCGGAGUCCUCAGAAUCAGGAAACGAGAAAACAUUUCACACAAAAGUUAGACCUUUUCAGUGCCUCGCAUGUGCAAGUGUUGGCUCAGAAUAUUCAGCAUGAACACAGUCACUUGGGAGGAACAGAAAAUCAUAGCAUGGCAGGAGAUAGUGGAAUAGAUUCUCCACGGACACAGAGCCUCACAUCUAAUAAUUCAGUCAUUUUGGAUGGACUUAAAAGAAGACAAAGUUUUCUGCAGAACUUUGAAGACACAAAGAGCAAUCAGACAUUCACAUCCAAUUCCUUACUACAACUAACUCCAGUCAUAAAUGUUUAGUUUUCUUUUGGAAAGUCUUUUUUAAAAAAAAAUGUACAGCAGAAUCUUUCAAUCAAUAAGUUAAGGGUCAUCCUAAAUCUAAGCAUGUAUACUAUUAACAUCAUUACAUAUUUUGUUAUAAUUACUGGCUUUUUCUCUUGAUAUUUUAAAGCAUUUUUUAGUAUAUUUUACAAAGAAUUUGUUGGAAAUGUAUAGAUUGCAUUUUUUUUAAGUAUGAAAUCUUUGGCCUUUUUCCAGUUAAAUGUCAUUCAUUUACAUUCACUAGUUCCUCCAGUACAUAGGAUCCUAAUUUACUAUCAUAUAGUGAAUUUCUUUACCUACACUGAGUUCUGAUGGUAAGUGAAUCUUACUAGAUUUAAACAUAAAAUCCAGAAAUGAAUGUAUAUUUUAGGGUUGCAUAGAUAAUUGGCAAUUAAAGUCUUUUAUCAGUAGUAGAAAGAACUUAUAUAAUGUGUCGGCUACUUUGCAACAGUAAUUCUUUUCAUCCUGUAAUUGUUGGCCAGGCUGUUCUCUCAAGCAGUUUGAACAUGAGCAAUGGCUCCAAAUAGAAUUGACUGGCAAUGUGCAGAGCCUCUAUGGCAGUAGACAUUGGUUCCUCCCUACAUUCAGUCUCGCUCCAUAGCAAGGCAGGGAGGACUCAGAUAGUAGGGACAGAAGGAAAUCAAUGGCUCAGUGUUGAGGAGUUCUCACCUAGAGACUUAGGGAAAAGGUGGAAGACGACUGCUAGUUAUUAAGCACUUCGCCCACAUUUUGAUCCAUUUCUGCUCAGAAGGCCUGGCUAGCUCCACUAGAAUCUUUUCUGGUAGGCUGUUUUCAGACCAGGGAGUGAAAUGGUCUGGAUUUGGUUGGAUUAUAGAGCAGUCAGGACUGGUUUGAGCAGAUUAGUGGAUGGUGCUGAUUUAUGGGCAGGAGGAUGUAUUUUCUAAGAGGUCUCUAAGGAUUAUCCUAGCCUUAGAUCUCAGAGAUGACUGAAGAGAGUGCCUCUCUCCACCUCACAGCAAGCAUCAGCGAAGCCCAGCACAGAGCUGCAUGGAUGAAAGACAGGAGGGGAGGUUUACCGCUUUGUUCCACAGCAGCAAUCAGCUCACUUGGUCCUGACUGUUGGUUUCCAGUGGGCCCUGGCCACCCUAACACACCACCCCAAGAGUAGCCAAAGGGUCCACAGAGGUAAUAGGGAAAGUAGAGAUGGAAGUUCGUACACUGUGGAAUCGGCACCAAUGUAUGGAAGUUAGAAGAAAGAGCUCCAUUAUUUAGGCACAGAGGCUUUGUAAUUCUCUUGAUGCUGUGUUGCAGAGUUUUCCAAUAGUGGAACAGGAUGGUAGACUAGAUUUUUUUUUUUUCCUCAGUACUGGGGAGUGAAUUCAAGAUCUUCGUACUGAGGUACACUGCCAGCCCGUCUUUAAUUUUUUAAAAAUCUGAGACAGUUUUGGUGCCUUUGCACAGGCUGGUUUCAAAUUUGCAACCCUGUUGCCUCAGCCUCAGCCUCUCAAAAUGUUGAAAUUACAGGCAUGUGCCAACAUACCUGACUCCGAGGAUUUUGAAGAAUCCUUCUAAGCCUAAGACUGUGUGCUGAAAAAUUCAGUGAGGAGCUUAUGAAAUACUGAAUUCAUUCAAGAUUCCUGAAUAUUGCUUCGAGUUGUAGAUUCUUGCGUCUAUUCCUACCAGUCUUCAGAAAAGGAGCAUCAACAACUGUUUCAUCUUUGAUUUUUAGACUAAGUUUCUUAGUACAGCAAGGAAUCCAAAGUCUUUUAUAACUAGGCGCAUCUGGGCACCAAUGAUACCUAUUUUUCAAAAUUUUGUCAUUGGAUGUAUUUCUCAAACUUGAUUACAUGAACUCUGUUAUGAAACUAAUAAUUUUCCUUUUAUAACACUCAAUCACAGAUAUUAAAGAUGGAAAUGUCCUAUUAAAUUGUUUCAAAGAUUAAUCUCCAAAAUAGGUGAUCUGUGGUAUUUUUCCAAUAAAUUUUUAAUGGAAA